AUGGCGAUGAAAAAACAGGGGGCGGUGGAGGAGGAGUUGGAAAGAGCGCCGGCAUGCGGCGCGUGCGCAGAAGCGGAGUCGCCGUGGCGAGGACGCUCUUUAGCUGCAAAACGAGAAGCCGCUCGGCUCUUGGAGAGCGGGGGCGGGGCGGGGCUUGGCUUCGGCGCGCCUGCGCAGUGCGCGCCUCUCCGAAGCGUGCGCCUGCGCAGUGGCCGACUCUUGCGCCGUGAGGAGGAGGAGGAGGAUGCCCCUGAAGUUAUUUAUAAUGUCGGGCCGGCCGCUGGUGACGUAGCGAGGAGUUCGGGCAGCGGCGGCGGAGGAAGCGGCGGCAGCGGCGACGCCUCUUCCCUUCCUGGUCUCCCUCCGUCCGCCCGUCCUUCCUCCUCCGCCCCCGGGCCUCCGCUGCCAUGGAGGGAGCCGGGCCGCCUCUGCCGCUGACGGAGCCGGACUCGGGCGGCGCGUGCUGAGGGGCCGGACUCGGGCGCGGUGAGCCGGGGCAGUUGGUUCCGGGGCGGCGCUUUCCGUCAAAGGCGAGACCGGGGGAGGGGGGAAGCGGCCUCUCUCUCCCCCCUCGUGCCCCUCUGAGGGUGAGGCGGAGAGGCCAAGAGGUUCGGGGGCGCCCGCCCUUGUCAAGCGGGAUAGGGGCUCCUGGAGGGGCCGGAAUGCGGCCCUGAGGCUGCAAAAGGGCUUCCCAGCUCUCUGUGAUAAGUUCGGAUAAGGCGGAGAUGCAGCGCCAAUAGGUUCAGGGGCGGAGAAAAGGUGCCACUGGGUUCUGGCCCGGCCCUGUUAAGUGGGUAACUACCUCUGCCUUUUCUCUCGCCUUCCUCCGAGGCAGUGAUAAGCCGAGAGGUCAAUAGGUUUGGGGGCGAGCCGCGGUCAGAGGCUUUUUCCUUCCUUCCUCUCUUGCUCUUUCUGCCUGUUUUGGUUGGGAUAGUGUGGUGAGCAUCAAGGCAAACAUUUGGGGGCGGAGAGGCUUUCUUCCCCCUCCCCAUGCCCUGUUACCUGGGAGGACACCAUGGCUCCCUCUUCCCUUCCCUUUAGGAGCCUGGUGGGUGCUGGGGGUUUUUUGGGGGGGGUGAGGCAGGUUGGACUUGGCUGACUUCCUGCUGCCCAUAGAAGGGGGCCUUGUGCCUCUUGGUGCUUUCUAAGAGGGGUCACAGAGAUCAAUAGGCUUGUAGUGAGGCCGAGACUUUUAUUUUUAGCCCCUGCUUAUAUAAUGGGCCUCCUGGCUUACCCGCCCCCUCCCCGUUUUUUUUCAGGUCGUGUGAUUGGCUUUGAGCAGUGGGUUUGGGGAUUGAGGAAACAGGCUAGGCCUAGUUAUAGAGGGGUCCUCAUGUCUCCUCCUGAGUGGGAAGCCAAGAGCGAUACUCAAUGUAGGAAAGAAGGUCUUUCUUUUCAAACUAUGACUAAUUAGGUAUUGGUACACCCCCCACCCCCUUCUCUUCCUGCUGGAGAGGAUAAUGGAUCCAGGUGCAUAAAAAUGGGCUCUCCUUCCUGUCUCUUUCCCCUUCUUCUGAGAGGGUAACAAAGAGGGAAAGAAGUCUAGAGACAGGCAACAUUUCCUCUGCUGCCUUCCAACCUCUAGCUAUAUGAGAAUUUUCUGGACCUUCUGCCCUUUUGCUUGGGAGACAGACAGCAAUAGGUAUGGGGGUCAAAGAAGGCACUUAUCCCCUCAGUACCAUACCUCUGUUUCUGGGGAGUGCUACUCCCCACCCAGUAGGUAGGGGGGCAACGAGCAGCAGAAAAGCUGUAGAGGAAGGUUCUGGAAGGGGGGAGUGCCUUAUUAGCCUCUCCUUUAUGAUGUGUGGGCCUGGUUCCUUUUCACCUGGAAGGAGUAGGUGAUGAACAAGGCUCAGGGGUGGAAGGGGGAUGCUUUCACCAUUUCCACCUGUUAACACAGGUCACCUGCUGGCCUCUCCUGUAUUUCUAGUUGAUGAGUGAGUUAGGGAGGAGGCAAUAUGUAUAGAGGGAACAGAUAAUGCAGCUGAGUGAACUUCUGGUCUGUUGCUUGACCCUGUGCUUCUCCCUGCCUUUAAUUACAGACACUUUUCCUACUCUUAUCCAGGUCAGGCUUGGCCUGGAAUGUUUCCAAGGAUACAGCUUGGGGGGGGGGCGGGUUUGACUCAGGUGGUUUGCAUGCCUGGGAAAGGGGCUUCCCAGCUAUUGGUGUGGUGGGCUCAGAUAAUGUAUCUUUUUUCUUUUAUCUGCACUUUUCCUCCUUGCUCUUUGCUUACAGCAUUUUCUCCUCCCACAGAUGGAGUGUGCUUAAUUGUCCCGGCACUCACCUGCGAAACAAGAUUGGUACCACUGGACGAGGAGACCUUGCAUUCAUCUGUCCGUUCCGUAUCAGUACUGGAAUGAAACUGAAUCUGUAA